GCUCUGUGGAGGGACCCUGUGGUCUAUGUGUCCCUGUUCUUCUGGGGUGUGGAUAGUGCUUGGGACCCAGCCAGCAGCCAGUUGAAGACAUCCUUUUUGGAAGCCGUUGGCCCUGUGGGCUCUUGCCUGGGGUGCUGGUCCUGCCAUGGCGUUCCAGAGGACCGAGGGCAUGCCCAUGAUCCAGGCCCUGGCCAUGACGGUGGCCGAGAUCCCUGUGUUCCUGUACACGACGUUUGGGCAGUCAGCAUUCUCACAGCUGCGGUUGACACCUGGCCUGCGGAAGGUCCUCUUUGCCACAGCCCUAGGGACCCUGACCUUGGCCCUGGCCGCCCACCAGCUGAAGAGACGACGACGGAGGAAGAAGCAGGUCGGCCCCGAGAUGGGAGGAGAGCAGAUAGGCACGGUGCCCCUCCCCAUCCUGAUGGCCAGGAAGGUCCCAUCGGUGAAGAAAGGCUACUCUAGCCGGAGAGUACAGAGCCCCAGUAGCAAGAGCAACGACACGCUCAGCGGCGUUUCCUCCAUCGAGCCCAGCAAGCACUCAGGCUCUUCCCACAGCUUGGCCUCGAUGGUGGCAGUGAACUCAUCUAGCCCCAUGGCAGCCUGCUUGGGACCAUGGGAUGCCAAAGGAAUGGAAGAAUCUGUGGCCGCCAACGAUGGCAAUGCUGAAAGCCUCUACAUGCAAGGCAUGGAGCUAUUCGAGGAGGCUCUGCAGAAGUGGGAGCAGGCUCUGAGCGUGGGGCAGAGAGGGGAGAGCAGCAGCACCCCCACACCGGGGGACAGCCUCCAGAAUCCAGAGAUGGCUUCAGAGGUGCUAUCUGAGCCGGAGUCACAACGAAGGGAGUUUGCAGAGAAGCUGGAGUCGCUGCUGCACCGUGCCUACCACCUGCAGGAGGAGUUUGGCUCCACCUUCCCAUCGGACAGCAUGCUGCUGGAUCUUGAGAGGACCCUCAUGCUGCCCCUGACUGAGGGCUCACUGCAUCUCCAGGCCGAUGAUGAGGACAGCCUGACCUCAGAGGAUUCCUUCUUCUCAGCCACCGAGCUCUUUGAGUCCCUGCAGACUGGAGAUUACCCGAUCCCACUCUCCAGGCCUGCGGCUGCCUACGAGGAGGCCCUGCAACUGGUGAAGGAGGGGAAAGUGCCCUGCCGGACCCUUAGGACAGAGUUACUGAGCUGCUACAAUGACCAGGACUUUCUGGCCAAGCUGCAUUGUGUCCGACAGGCCUUCGAGGGACUUCUGGAAGACAACAGUAACCAGCUCUUCUUCGGGGAGGUUGGCCGGCAGAUGGUGACCGGCCUGAUGACCAAGGCUGAGAAGAGCCCCAAAGGCUUCCUGGAGAGUUAUGAGGAGAUGCUGAGCUAUGCCCUGCGGCCCGAGACCUGGGCCACCACACGGCUGGAGCUGGAGGGCCGCGGGGUGGUGUGCAUGAGCUUCUUUGACAUCGUGCUCGACUUCAUACUCAUGGAUGCCUUUGAGGACCUGGAGAAUCCCCCAUCCUCAGUGCUCGCCGUCCUGAGGAACCGCUGGCUGUCCGACAGCUUCAAGGAGACGGCCCUGGCUACUGCUUGCUGGUCAGUCCUGAAAGCCAAGAGGAGGCUGCUGAUGGUGCCUGAUGGCUUCAUCUCCCAUUUCUACUCCGUAUCGGAGCACGUUAGCCCUGUCCUAGCCUUUGGCUUCCUUGGACCCAAGCCCCAGCUCUCUGAAGUCUGUGCUUUCUUCAAGCACCAGAUUGUGCAGUACCUGAGGGACAUGUUCGACCUGGACAACGUGCGCUACACGUCAGUGCCGGCGCUGGCAGACGACAUCCUUCAGCUGUCACGGCGCCGCAGCGAGAUCCUGCUUGGCUACCUAGGGGUGCCGGCAGCCAGUACCAUUGGCCUGAACGGGACACUGCCACGUGAGAACGGGCCCCUGGAGGGGCUGCAGUAGAGCGGUGUAGCUGACAGGGACGGGGGUGCCUGGGCCUCCAUCUCCUGCCCCUCCCCUCCUCUGGGUUGGCAUCGAAGGGCCUGGGUCCCCCAGGGGCCGCCCUCAUGGGUGUCCAUGGCAUACAGUAGUGGCAAAGCCCAGGCCACAGUUCAUCAUCUGGCAAUCCUCAAGGCCCAGAGGCGAUCUUCCUUGGAGAUGCUGGGGCCUGGAGUGGGGACCAGCCUGCUGGAGCCCUGACUGCCCUCAGCUAUUGCUAGGGGGAAGCAGCAGCUGGUGGGGCCUGAGGGAGAAGAAGGUGGAAACAGAGAGAAGGGAAAAGAGAAAGGGGAGAGGAGGAAGGGAAAGGUGUUUACAUGGAGGAGUAGAACUAGGAUAAGCAGAGCCUGGAGGCCCUGGGGGCUGCUGACAGAGACUGGCAGUGGGGCUAGGAGGGGGCAGGUGGAAGACUGGAGGGCGCUGUGCUGAAGGUCACGGUGUCCUGAGCGAGAAUGAGUCUGGGGCUGGACGGCCUCAGGGUCCAGGCCUCUGGCUGACAGCCCUAACUACCCCACCACCUGCCACUAGCCUGGAGAGUUUGCAACUCCGGAGAGAGGAGGGUGGGGCCGCAGAGUGAGGGCUGGAGAGAUGGGGCACCUUAGUAGGUGGCAGGCCUGGACCAUCCAGAGGGGGACAGGGAGAGCAGGCAUCUCUCCCGUGCUCACAUCUGGGCAGGGCUGGGCCCUUGACAACCCCAAGCACCAAAGCGUCCACUCAGACAUUCCUUCACCCUGCCAAAGAUUGUGUCUUUUCCACCACCACCAAAGACGGGAGGGUGGUGGGGCUGGGUGCCCUGCUCCCACCUACCUCUCUGUGAGUCAAGAACUCCUUGGGCGACGCUAGGCUCUGAGCUGGGGGCCCUAUCCAGCGGUCACUCUCAGGCACCUGUGCUGCUAUCGUGGUGACCCCAGGAGUGAGGGGGCCAGGGACCACAUGGGAGAAAUCAGAGGAUGUCUGCAGCAGCUCCUCCACCCUCACUCGGACGAGAAACUUGGAUAGUGCGGAUUUCCCGGCACUUGCCUUCAAUUUGACGCACAAAUGCUCUCAAAGCUGGUAGCUGGCGCAGAGCCUUCCAGGGUGGCACCACCUCGCUGGUCCUGCAGAGGAAGUCCUGUUAGCAUUUGUCCCACCGCUGUGUCCCCACACUGACAGGCUCCUGUCAGCCCUGCAGACUCACUUUACAGUGUUUUCACCUGAGGUGGGAUGUUUUAUUUAUUGCCUUAACACUUUACUUUGAGACCACCCUUUCCGUGUUGAGAGACCUGCAGGAGAAAUGGAUCUGCUGGUUUUCCAUACUCUGGAGUUUGGACUGGCUCCUCAGACCUGGGUCUCUCUCCCCUGAGCGUAAAAGGCAUCCCAGGAGUGGGGUGAUCUUGCCCAUGUAGGGCAGAACGGUGUGCCAGGAAGAGGGGAGCAUGGAGAGGGGCGACAUUGGGCAUGGCUUUGUCUCUGAGACUGCCCCACCCGACAUCCUCCCUCCUGCUUCCCAACUGGAGGACCGCUGGGCACUAAUGAUGGUUCUGGCCCCAUGCCCACCCAUGAGGCUGAUACCCAGAAGGGAGCACUCUCCUGGGCAGGAAGGAACCCAGGCAGCCCUCCCUCCAUUCCUGACAUUCCAUUCAUUUGCACUUAACCCUUCUCUGUGAAUGUAUUCUUGGGCCUGAGCCCCGGCCCACUCUGAUUUGCUCCCGAAUUACACAGAAGUGGCAUUUUCGUUUUGUCUUUGUUUACACGUCCACGCACUGACUCUAGCACUCGAUUUGCUGCAGCUUCCAACUUUUGUACAGUAGAGUGUGCGCACCGAAUGUGAGUCAAAUAAACAGUUUCUUUCCACAUGGCCAUACUGCUGGGCACAUGUGUGGCCAUUUGCUUCUUGGGCCAGAGCCAGGGACCUGCUCUUUGGGGUACAGUUGGUGUACGUUCUUGGAGGAUAAAGGUCCGGGAAAGUUUGUUGGGGGCUGUAAUCCCAUUUGGGCUGCUUGGCAGCCUGACAGGGUCCAUCUAUCCCUUGGCAGGGUGGGCAGCCGGGUGUGGAUCCAGCCCAGUCACCAGCCAGGGGAGGUCACUUCUCUCCAGGCCUCAGUUUCCACGUCUGUAAAAUGCAGGUGUUGGACCAGGCCAGGAGUUGCAGACUGGCCGAUCCAGGCUUACCAGAUCUUCAGAUUUUUUCACGGGCAGUUGGAAAUUGCAAGUUUUAUUUGAAAGUUACUUUAAAAAAAAAAAAUUAUUUUUAAGAAUUUCAAACGUACGGAAAAGUUUGAAAAAAACAAUAUAAAGAACACUCAUAAAACCAACACCUAGAUUCAGAAAUUAACAUUUGCCAUAUUUAUUUCUUGUGUAUAUUUCUUUUCUAAAGUAUUUUAGAAUAAGCUUUAGACAUGUAUUUCACCCCUAAGUACCUGAGCAUGCAUAUCUUAAAAAUAAGGUAGUUCUUUAACUAACCAAAAUACUAUGGACCUAAAAAAAUUAUCAGUAACUGAUAUCUUUGCUGGGAUUUGGAAAAGAAGUUUUCCCAGUCAACUGGGGAUGGACUCCAGUUCCACUGACAAAGUUCCACCGAAAUCGUUACCUUUACCAAUUUUCAGAGACAUGAGCUUAUAUGAUAUAGUAAUCACUCCAGUACUGGCAGAUGAGGGUCUUGGGUUUGUUUUGUUUUGUUUUAAACAGCUUCACUAAGGUAUAAUUUGCACACUAUAAAAUGUACUCAUUUGAAGUGUACAAUUUAAUGAUUUUUAGUAAAUUUACAGAGUUGUGUAACCAUUACCACAA